AAAUAACCCUCAAAACAACUAGUUGUCACACAAACUGUCAUAUAUUUUUUUUAUUAGCUAUUUUGUUAAACCAUGCCGCCUUUCAAGCUGGAAUCCCUUAAAUACAACCCCUGGGACAAGCGGGUUCCCAAAAUGCUCUACUGCAAAAAAGAAUACGACAAAAGGGUAAAAAUCACCGAUUGGAAUAUGAACUUGGAGUCGUUACCGAUCGACACGAAUCCUUAUAACCCGAAAUGUUUCCGCUUGCAUAAUUCCCAUUACGAUCGUUUGGGUAGUCAGGACGAAAAGGGUUUAAUAUCGGAAACCCACGAGGCACUGAGAAACGGUUGUGUGAAGAUGCCCGAAUUGGACCACGAUCCCCAUAAAUAUUUGCUUAAUUUUUAUAUGUAUACGAGUCAGGCAUAUAGGAGCAAAAGUAAGAGAAGAGAUAACUUUGGUACAGAUUACAAGAGUACUAUGCAAGACAGCUAUCAGCCACCGUAUCCUCUAGUCAUUAAAAGGCUUGAAUUGCCUGUUACGGGCAACCAAAACAAGCGCAUGGCAUCAAGAGAAGAAUGUAAAUUCCUAGAUGAUAAUUUCGUAAAUUACACCAGAACUUUACAAGAAAUAAAAGGCGAUCGCCACGUGUCAUUUAAUCCAUGCACCGGAAAGAACACGGAAGGGUACUGCGGAAAUAAAACGCAACGGUUCAAUUAAAAAUAGACAUUAUUUAAAUGAAAUGUACUAAUAUAUAAAAAUUAAAGCUACUUGGCUAGACACAAUAACUCUACGUCAACUGUAAAUAAAUCAUCGAUUACAAUGGAAA